GGUUAUUAUGUCAGUACAGCGGACGUGAAAAUCUGGGGAUAUCAGCUGCUUGUGGGACUAUGAGUAUGUCCAUAAGCUUUAUAAUCCAGAGCCAUUAAAAAUAGUAAUUGACUAGGAGAAGAGGGAAAGGCAGGCAAUACGUAAAAGCUAUGUGGACGAUGCCUAGGGUGGUGGAAUUUAGAUAAAACUUGGCGGGCAUGCCACUGUGUGUCAUUUACUCUUUGGGUGGAAGAUCGAAAAGUUUUUGCCAGGGCCCGAGGCUUUUAGUACCCAACUGCUUCGAUGAGCUAUGUCAGCGGAGGUUAUAUAAAGAGAAGAUUCCAUUGCGCUUUUCCUUACAUAUGGAGUUGUAAGUAAAGUAAUUCACCCUUUAAUACUCAAACUCGGGAACGCUUCUUCGUACAUAUCAUACACAUACCAAAAUAUGCGGAACCCUAUAUUAUUAAACCUCCUCUUGGGGUCAUCAUUACUUGGGGCAGCAACAUGUCUAAACACAACAAUCUCAAAUUCAUUUGUGAAUAUGUUUUCUACUGAUGGCGACCUCAUCGAUUCCACAUCUGGCAAGAUCGAUUACUUUGAGGGUCAAUACCUUUGGUAUGGCUUAAACUUUGGAUGUGGGAAAGCUUUCUGUGGAAUUGAGAGUUGGAGUUCAGUGGAUUUGAUUACUGUAAGUGAAUAUUCCCCUGUACUUCUCCGUCUGUCAUUUAUUUUAGCUGCGUGAUUGAAAAUGACCCUUGCUUGAAAUACCUUGAUAAUAUUUCAGUACUAACUACAUAUCUUCACAGUGGUCUUCGAACGGUUUCUUGUUCGAUCCGACAGAAAACGCCGUAGCCACACUAUGUGAAGAAAGCGGAGAAUGUGGAAGACCACAUAUCGUAUACAAUCCUACAAGUUCGCAGUACAUCCUGUGGGUAAAUGCUGGUAGCCCAGGCUACGUAAUUUUUACGUCUUCCUCCCCAGCUUCGGGAUACGUGAUCGAACCUACUCGUGCCACAGUUGGAUAUCAGCCAAACCCCGAAACGGAUCACGCAGGUGAUUUCUCGGUUGCUGUUAUCAAUGGAACCGGAUAUAUUGCAUACUCUUUGAUCGACUUCACAACUAUAGGCGCAUCAAUAUGGCCUCCAUUCAAACAAUCAAUCUACAUCCAACAACUUACGAAUGAUUUCAUGAACACAACUGGGAAUGCCACAAACAUCACUCCGGUAGGAGACCUUGUUGAUUAUCAGGCCGAAUCUCCAGAUAUUUUUUAUCGCAAUGGAUACUACUAUGUAUCUGCAUCCAACACUUGUGGUUUCUGUCAAGGGACCCUUUUGAUCAUGUACAGGGCGAAGGAUAUUACGGGACCGUGGACUCGCCAAAUUAUCAGCAGUGAUACAUGCGGUGGUCAAACUACCGCUGUUUUAACAAUUCCUUCUUCAACCAGAGGCGAUGGAGUAUAUCUCCAUCAAGCCGAUAUUCAGGCUAGCGCACCACUUGCAGGUCCAAGAAACGCACAACAUGGCCGUCAGUUCCAAGUUCUCAACUUCAAUCCUGAUGGUUCCAUCCAAGAUUUAAAUUGUUCCUCUUCCCUCACUACUACCGUCACACUUCCAGCCAGUAAUAUUACUAUGAAUGGAAUUGCAAAGGCUGCAACUUUAGGUUCCGGAAAUGAUCACCAAGAUUAUCAGCUCAAUUGCUCACUGCCCCAAUACAGCUUCUACCAAACCUUCUCUUCAUCCAUGGCAGGAAACUUGACAUCCGUUGGAAUAAAUCUAGCUGGUGAUGCACCAACAGAUAACGUCACAUUGACGGUAUUCCGAUACACAAAUGCUACUGCUCUCUUCUCCGCAUUUUACCGAUGGGAAACUCUUUCCACAAAAGACGUAACUCCUGAAGAAUUGAGCGCAUCCCUCCUAAGCAUUUCGGUCCCCGUGGGAAAAGAAGUCGCCGCCGGUGAUAAUAUCGGUAUUGCGAUUACCAGCUUGGGAAUUACACCAGUAUGUGUAGCCAUGAGAGGAACAUCCAAAGAAUAUGCUACCGCAUGGGCAGGACCCGCUAAUGGUGGGUUUUUACCUGCACAAGGAUUGGAGGAAAAGACUGUGAUUCGGCCCGGAUCUGGGGGAGUUUUGUAUGUUCAAGGUGCGAACCAGGUUAGUUUGAGGGGAAAGAAUGGAGAUGAGGUUCCUAUAAAGGAACUUAGUGGAAGAGAACUUAAAUGGUAUGGAAUUAUUGAGUAGAUGAUGGUAUAUGGUUUAUGUAUAAUGAGAUAUUAAGAAUGAAGAUAUGAUACCAAUGAAAACUCGAAGUUUAUCCCUGAGUGAGACGCGAAUUACAUAUAGCUUUUGCUAGGGCACGAAAGGACAACUUUGUGUGUGCAAUCAGCUACUUUGAUAUCUACUUCUUGGAACGGUAUUGAUCAUGAAUGCAAGUCUCGACUUUAACUUGUACGAAAUCUCGCGCCGCCUAAGCUAUACUUUCCGAAGCAGGUGCCAAAAAGUAGCUCACUAUAGCAGAUUCUAGGUGUGGUCAUAUACAGAAUAUGCACCUUAUCCAAUCCGGGACUACCAGCUUUGGAUAGAAAAGAAGGCAUCGUAGCUAGCCUACGUCUCUGUCAUGAUUCAAAAGGUGGACUUCCAGCCAUGCAAAAACAGUAUCACUCGAAUUAACGAGAUAUGCGGAUAAUAGUUCUCUGAAUGCACAAUCUACCCUUGAGACUCAUAUAUUCAGUGCUUGAUAUGGCGGAGCGCAAGCUGGCAGAAACAUAGCAUACACCCUAAUCAAGCAGGUUUCAUCCUCAUAGAUCGCCCACUUAUCCCCGUCUUAGCCACAGGCUCUUCAAAAUCUUUCGAAAAGCCUUGUUUGCCAGGAGAUUGUAUUU